AUGUCUGUUCAAAUAAAUACCCUACAGCGUGAUGCCGUGUACUGUGAUGUUGCUGUAUUCACGAGAUGUGCCGAGUAUGAAGUGAGUGACAAGGAAAUAUAUCCAACUUUCGCCCGGACGUAUCCCCCCGAUUCUCAAAUCUCCAAAUCAGUGGUGGCGCUGUUGAAAUACUUUGACUGGGACCAUGUUACCCUUGUCACGUCGGAAGAUACGCAAUGGAUGGCUGUUAGCCACAGUCUGGAAAACGACCUUGCCGCUUCCAACGUCACUAUCCAGAGUGUUCAGUAUUAUCCCCAUCCAUAUUUUCCCGGAUUUAAUAGUUUUCCCGACCCUUUCCCACCGAUUAUUGAAGAAACCUAUCAGGAAACUAGGAUUUACAUUUUCCUUGGGGAGUAUUUUAUCAGACCAGAAUUCAUGCGAGUACUUCAAAAGAAAGGCCUCUUGACUAACGGCGAAUAUACAAUAAUCACCAUAGAUACAACUCAAUACCAUCCUGGUAACGCUGCUGGAUAUCUACAAGAUCCAUAUGAAAUUUGGUAUACACCAGAGUUGAUGUCCGCCUAUCAGUCUCUGUUGAUUCUUAUAGCAACACCGCCGAUCUCUGAUACAUACGAACAUUUUACCAUAACUGUUGAUGAUUAUCUGUCGCUGCCACCAUUUAAUUAUCCGGCAAUGGGAAAUCGCCGUAGAAAUAUUCCUAUUGAAGCUGCAUACUUGUACGAUGCCGUAAUGUUGUUUGCAAAGGCCAUGACAGAAGUUAUACAAGAUGGCGACGAACCUCAAAAUGGGACCGCUAUUAUAGAAAAAAUUAAAAACAGGUCAUACGAAAGUAUCACCGGAACGCUCGCCUUCAUCGACAAUAAUGGUGACGCUGAAUCUAAUUUUACAGUGAUUGCUAGGCAACCGAUGAAUAUCACUCCUGGCUACGGGAUGUUACCAGUCGGAUUGUUUCAGAUGAUCAAUAAUGAAGUGGUUUACGUGUCAAAAGCCGGAGUCACCAUCGAUUGGGUAUCUGGCAUAAAACCUUCAGACGAGCCUCAGUGUGGAUUCCACGGUGAAUACUGUCCCGUAAUACAGGAUUACACACCAGAGAUAGUCGGUGGCACUAUCGGUGGGAUACUAUUGGUACUGGUAAUAGUGCUUGCUGUGGCGUACAGAAAUUGGAAAUACGAGCAAGCUCUGGCAAGUCUGCUGUGGAAGAUUGACUACCGAGAUAUUUGCAUCAAAAGUGAUAAUGCUUUGUAUCGUUCCAGUAGCAAGAUGAGUCUCCGUAGCAUGGAGUCCCUGCAGUCAACGACUGAUGCCCAUAACCAGCAAAUAUUCACCAAAAUAGGGACGUUCAAGGGAAACGUUGUCGCAAUCAAGCAUAUUAAUAAGAAAAAUAUCGAUCUCACAAGAAAAGUUCGUAAGGAACUCAAAGUUGUACGGGAUUUACGUAAUGAUCACAUCAAUCCUUUCAUCGGCGCAUGCGUAGAAUACUCACUUAUAUGCAUCAUCACCGAGUAUUGUGCCAGAGGCAGUUUACAGGAUAUCUUGGAGAACGACGAGAUUAAGUUAGAUAAUAUGAUCGUAGCAUCCAUGGUUAGUGAUAUUAUCAAGGGAAUGGUAUAUAUUCACAACAGCGAAUUGAAAUCGCACGGUAACUUGAAAUCUUCGAAUUGCGUAGUGGACUCAAGAUGGGUUGUGAAGAUCACGGACUUCGGUCUCCAUGAGUUCAAGGCUGGUGCCGAUCGAGAUUUGGAAGAAGCCGGUGAAUUCGCACUUUACAGAAAUCUGUUAUGGAGGGCGCCCGAGUUUUUGCGCAUGUCCAACCCACCAGGAGAGGGCUCCCAGAAAGGAGAUAUUUACUCCUUUGCUAUUAUUAUGUACGAAAUUUUCCUACGCGCUGGUCCCUAUGGAAACUCUGAACUUUCUCCUAAAGAGAUCAUAGAACGUGUGAAAACACCGCUAGAUCCUGUUCGACCAUUUCGACCAAAUAUUAUGGAUCUACUUGAAAUAGACGCACCAGACUACGUCGUAGAUACAAUACAAGAAUGUUGGCAUGAGAUACCAGAAAACAGACCAGAUCUGAAAACUAUAAGAAUCAAAUUAAAACCUAUUCAAAAGGGAAUGAAAGCAAACAUCUUUGACAACAUGAUUGCCAUCAUGGAAAAAUACGCCAAUAAUUUAGAGUCAAUCGUUGAUGAUAGAACACAGCAGUUGAUUGAAGAGAAGAAGAAAACAGACAACUUGCUACACAGCAUGUUGCCAAAAUCAGUGGCAAACUCGCUAAAGAAAGGUCGACCCGUCGAACCAGAAUCAUUCGAGUGUGUGACAAUAUUUUUCAGUGAUAUCGUUGGAUUCACAGCAUUGUCAUCAGCAAGUACUCCUUAUCAGGUGAUCGAUCUACUCAACGAUCUGUAUACGGUGUUCGACUCUACCAUAAAGAACUACGACGCUUACAAAGUGGAAACGAUCGGCGAUGCCUACAUGCUGGUGUCGGGUCUUCCAAUUCGUAAUGGUGACAGACACGCUGCUGAAAUUGCAUCUUCCGCUCUCCAUUUGCUGGAUGAAAUAGGUCACUUUCAAAUCAGACAUAGGCCUGGGGAACAACUGAAACUUCGGAUUGGGAUUCAUUCAGGACCUGUUUGUUCUGGUGUAGUUGGCCUCACAAUGCCCAGGUACUGUUUAUUCGGUGACACUGUCAAUACGGCGUCAAGAAUGGAAUCGAACGGUCUUCCGUUAAAGAUUCAUUGCAGUCCAUCUUGUAAAACUAUUCUCGACAAGAUUGGUGGAUACACAACUGUGGAAAGGGGACUAAUCUCAAUGAAGGGGAAAGGUGAGAUCCUCACGUAUUGGCUAGAAGACCAAGACCCAAACUACAGAAUGUUUAAAAGUCAUUGCGAUUCACCGAAUGACCAACGCUCACUAGACGGUCACAUGGAAGAUGAAAGAUCAGGAAUGGGGAAGAGAACGAGCUGGACCACAGGAACGAAUUCGCCUCUACCACCAAAGCCACUCACAUCUCCUGAUAUCAGCAGUGUUCAAAGUAGUACGAGUAACACCAACGAGCGCCUUACCCGUAUUCCUAUCGGAUGGACUGAUACCAAGGAAUCCCUGUCGGUUGGAAGUACUGAUUGUGAAUUGACAGAUAAAUUUAACCGGCAAAUGAAAGAUACACCGAAAAACGUAUCGAACCGUUUUGAAAUUCAGCGAAGUACAUCAACGGGAAGUUCAGGCUGCACCACACCUUUGAUGGUAGAUAGCGUGGAAGACGUUACAUUACGGACAUUUAUCAAAGAUUCUGUCACGGCAGUACCGCACGAACAUGUCUCACACACACCGUCCAUCACAUCCACGUCGGAAACGUUAAAGCCUUUAGCAGAGAACGAAAAAUCACGCAAGAGGAGUACACAAAGCAUUUGCACGGGGAGCACGCCGAAACGCGAGAGUUUGACCGAUUCAGGUUUUGAAGCGAAUUCAUAUGAAAACAACAGAGAAAGCCACCUUUUCACAUAA